AUGGACUAUGCUAAAUUCAGACUAGGACGGGCCUUACUCGACGACCUAUACGGAUCGAGCAGGCCCAACGACCAUAAGAGGUUGGACGGGCCUAAAGAUAUGAAUGGACUAGGCGAGCCUGAAAAACUGAACGAGUCGAUCGGGCCCAACGAUCAGAAAAAUUUGAGUGAGCCCGAUGAACCGAACGGGGCAGGUGGGCCCGAAGAUCCGAACGGGCCAAGCGGGCCCGAUAACCCAAAUGACUCAAGCGAGCUCGAAGAACCGAAUGGGUCAGGCAGGCCCGAAGACCCGAAUGACCCAGACGGGUCUGAUGACCCGGACGGGCUCGACGACCCGGACGGGCCCGACAACCCGAACGGACCCGAAGACCCAGAUGGGGUGGACGACCUGGACGGAUGGCACGACGACACGAACAGGCGCGUCUACCUGAACGUGCCCUACGACUCAUAUCGACUCGACGUCUUGGACGAGCCCUACGACCCGGACGGGCCCGACGACCCAAACGGGCUUGACGACCUGGACAUGAUCGACGACCUGGAUGGGCCCGACAACUCGGACAGGUCUGACGACGUUGACGUACCCGACGACCCAGACGAGCCCCACGACUCGAACGUGUCUGACUACCCGAUUAGGCCCGACUGUUUAGACGGGUCUGUCCGAUUCAUUGGGCCCAUUCGGGUCGCCCGACCCGUUCACGUUGUUGAGCCUGUUCGUGUUGUCGGGCCCGUCCGGUGUUUCAUUGAAAAUUCAAAGGCUUAA